AUGCGGCUGUGUGAGCGAAGUCUCCCGCUGGUGUGGGUGCGCGCCGCCCUGCUGCUGGGUGCCCUGCUGCUGAUGGCAGCCCUGAGCUUCCCCAGCACCUGGCGGACCUGCCCUGACGGCCAUCACGCCACUGCUCCAGAUGAUCCUCACUGCCGCCGGCGUCUCUUCCGGGUGCUGGAGCUCUCCCCCAGACAGAGGAUCAACUGCCCACAGAUUAUCCAUGAUCCUCACUGCCGCCGGCGUCUCUUCCGGGUGCUGGAGCUCUCCCCCAGACAGAGGAUCAACUGCCCACAGAUUAUCCGUGGGGAUAAGACAGCCCUCCAGGAGGCCCAGCUGAGCAGCCUGGAAGUGGUGAACCGAAGGGUUCCUCUGACACCAAGUGACUACCUGAACAUGACAAAGGACUGCGGCAAGUUCAAGGCGACCCAGCGGUUCAUCGAGUUCCCACUGAGCCAGGAAGAGGCAGAGUUCCCCAUUGCCUACUCCAUGGUCAUCCACGACAAAAUUGAGAUGUUUGAGCGGCUCCUGCGAUCCAUCUAUGCCCCUCAGAACAUCUACUGUGUCCACGUUGACAGCAAGUCUCCAGCUGACUUCCAGGAGGCCGUGCGGGCCAUCGUAGCCUGCUUCCCCAACGUCUUUGUGGCCAGCCGCCUGGAAAGUGUGGUCUAUGCCUCCUGGUCCCGGGUGCAGGCUGACCUCAACUGCAUGCAGGACCUCUUGCAGAGGCCUGUGCAAUGGCGCUACAUCCUCAACACCUGUGGCACUGAUUUCCCCAUCAAGACCAAUGCUGAGAUUGUCCAUGCCCUGAAGAUGCUAAAGGGGCAGAACAGCAUGGAGUCAGAGAAGCCCUCGGCCUUCAAACAGGAGCGCUGGAAGUACCAUUAUAAAGUGGAGAAGGUCAUCUCCCGGACAGCCACGCAGAAAGCGCCACCACCCCACAGCUUUCCCAUGUUCACAGGCAAUGCGUACAUUGUGGUCACGCGGGAUUUUGUGCAGCACAUCUUCGAGAACCCCACAGCACAGAGGUUCCUUGAGUGGGCCAAGGACACCUACAGCCCCGACGAGCACAUCUGGGCCACCCUCAACCGCAUGCCCGGCGUGCCGGGUGCCAGGCCUCAGAAUGACAAGUUCCACCUCUCAGACAUGAACGCCCUGGCCCGCCUGGUCAAGUGGGAGUACCUGGAGGGUGACACCAGCAAAGGCGCGCCUUACCAGCCCUGCACCGGCAAGCACCAGCGCUCCGUCUGCAUUUACGGGGCGGGCGACCUGGCCUGGAUGCUCCAGCAGCACCACCUCUUGGCCAACAAGUUCGAUCCUACGGUGGACGAUGUCGCCAUCCAGUGCCUCGAGGAGCACCUGCGGCACAGUGCGCUCUACGGCCGGGGGCUCUGAGGGGAGGCCGCGGAGAGCCCGGGCAGCACCCGCCGCCGUCCCUGGCCGAGGCUGCCCGGCGGCGCGUCAGAGGCGGCAGGAGGGGCCGCAGAACCGCUUCCUGAGGCGGCGCGUGACCCGCUCUGGCGGGGGGAUCCCUCCGCGGGACGGGCGGGAAAGGCCCCCUGAGGAGGAGUGGCGGCCGCGCGCGCGUGAGGGGAGUAACGGUGCCUGCGGGCGCCGCGGCGGGACUCGUCUCAGGAAAUGCCCGGUGCCCAGCGCCCUGCUCCUCCCCCGGGCCGCCGGCGGCUCCUCAGAGACGGCUUCCGCACGGACCCUCUCCACGAGACGGGGGUAGGGUGUUUUUCCAUUCUCCUUUGACAGCGAGCACAGGGCUUCUUGUUGUGGAGGGGCAGGGCCGGGUCACGGGCCACCUUCAAGCCGAGCAGAAACUGGAAUGAAUUUGCCUUUCUACGAAGCGCCUGGCAGGCCACCCGCUCCUGCCACCUGCUGCCCUGCUCAGCUUAACACCUGGCCUUUGCACCCCUCUAAAGUUUGAUUUCUGACACUAGCCAUUAAAAAAGAAAAUCCUCCAAUAAAAUCCAAUAGGCUAAAA